GGGGCCUUCUCCUGUCGCUCCUUUCAUCAUCAUCACCAUAUUCAUUUUCCCUUCUUCCCUUUACCCCCCCUCCUCAUAGUGAAGCUGCUUGCUCACCAUCCACAGCAUUCAGCAAUGGCAGGCAAGCAGCAUUCUCCAACGGCCUCGUCCGCCACGUCUAGUGCGGACGGACUGGCCGAUCCCGGAGAUUCACAAUUACUUGCCACCCUCGGAUACAAACAGGAACUUCGUCGACAAUACUCCACGGUCCAGAUCUUCGCUGUCGCAUUUAGUAUCAUGGGUCUGGUGCCCUCGAUAGCGUCCACCCUCGCCUUCAACUUACCAGCUGGUCCCGCGGCAAUGACAUGGGGCUGGCUCGUUGCAAGUCUCUUCAUCUUCUGCGUAGGAUUAGCAUUAGCCGAUAUGUCGUCAGCUAUGCCCACAGCCGGUGGGUUAUAUUGGUGGACUCAUUACUUCGCAGGCCCCAAAUAUAAGAAUGCAUUAAGCUUUUUGGUGGGAUACAGCAACACCAUGGGGCUAGUCGGGGGGAUGUGUUCGGUAGACUACACACUUACGCUCAUGAUUCUUGCCUGCGUCUCUAUAGCACGCGACGGUGCGUGGUCAGCCUCGAACGGUGUCAUCUACGGUGUAUAUGUUGGCCUCAUCCUUGUUCACGCCUUAUGCGGCAUUUACACGGGCCCCAUCAUGCCCCGGAUCCAGACAUUUUGCAUUUUCAUCAACAUCGCCAUUAUUAUUGCCACUGUCAUUGCUCUGCCGGUGGGCAAGGUCGCUAACGGUGGGACACUCAACCCUGGCAGCUGGGUCUACGGGCAUGUGGAUAAUUUGACGACCUGGCCGAAGGGAUGGGCCUUCAUCCUCGCAUUUCUAGCCCCAAUUUGGUCCAUUGGAUUCUUCGACUCUUGCGUACACAUGAGUGAGGAAGCUUUACAUGCUGCGAAGGCCGUGCCCCUAGGAAUCGUCUGGUCAUCGGGCUGUGCAUGCGUGCUGGGAUUCUUGGUACUGAGUAUCAUUGCCGCCGUGAUGGACCAGGAUAUUAGCACAACAUACGAUUCCAUAUACGGACAGCCCAUGGCGCAGGUCUAUUUCACAGCGCUUGGCAAGAAAGGAGCCUUGGGGUUCAUGGGAGUGCUGAUCGUGAUCCAAUUCUUGAUCGGGCUGAGCUUGAUUGUCGCCGCUUCCCGACAGGCCUGGGCGUUCUCUCGAGACGGCGCCCUGCCAUUUUCAAACUACUUUCGCCACGUGAGCAAGCGCAUUCAGUAUCAGCCGGUACGGGCGAUGUGCGGCUUCGUAGCUGUCUGCAUUGUCUUUGGUUUACUAUGUUUGAUCAAUUCCGUCGCCGCCAACGCGCUUUUCUCGCUCUUCGUGGCCAGCAAUUACGUUGCCUGGGGCACCCCAAUUCUUUGCCGGUUGAUCUGGGGUAAGGAGCGGUUCCGUCCGGGCGAGUUCUACACCGGGUGGUUCAGUCGACCGAUCGCAACCGUGGCCGUGGUGUGGUUGAUCUUCGGUUUGAUUUUGUCAAUGUUCCCUAGCACAGGCCCGAAUCCGAGCCCUUCGGAUAUGAAUUACACGAUUGUGCUUAACGGCUUCGUCUGGGUCGCUUGCAUGACGUACUACUUUCUGUUUGCUCGCAAGUGGUACACUGGACCCAAAAUGACUGUUGACGGGGUUGACUCUCGGGUGGAGAACGACAGCAGCCGGCCAGGGAGCAAAGACCCUCCUUCUGCCUAGCAUUUGAUCUGGUAUAUAGAGCUGUGUUUUAAAAAACAUGAAGGAUAGAUGAAACAUAGAUUUGGAG